AUGGUGAGGGCCCCAAACCUCCCCGAUGUGGCCCUCAGAUGGUUGCUGUCGAUACAGACUGUGUGUACGUCACCACCUCUCACCAAACUCGCCGUCAGGACCUUUGUGCUUUCCUGCGUCACCGGGCCUCUUCCCUGCUGCUUGCGCCUUGCACUGCUAAUGAGACAGCAGGGGAGGGGUGGGGGCUCAGUGGGGGGCGGACCUUUGCUGGCGGACCCCUGUUCACUGGGACGACCUUUAGACGAGACCCCCCCAUUGACACGGCUAUGA